AUGACAAAGGGACCAGAUUUGAAUCAAUUACCUUCGAAGAAGAAGUUCUAUGAUGUAUUCGAUUCGGCUACUAAGGGAAAAUGUGCAGGUACAUGCGAGAAUAGCGUAGAUGGAGCUUUAAAGACGUUAUCUUAUGGUGAUGAUUUCAAGAAAGAAAUUUGUGGUGCCUGCAAUAAGGCAUCUACAAUGAGUGUAGCAGAUGACCCCUAUAAUGAACGUUAUAAUUUCUUAUACUAUUGGAUAUGGCAGAAAGUGUUGGACAAACUGAACGGUGGUGCUUUCGACAGCAAAAUGGAGUUUUCCAUGAAGUCCCUCUGCUUAAAUAUGAAGAAUGAGUAUAAAGGUAAAAGUUAUGAGGUUAUUUGCACUGAAAACAUUGACAAAAAACUUCUCCUUCAGAGAAAAAAAGUACAUGAAUAUUCUUACGAUUACCGUACCAUGGAUGGUGGUAUACUGAUGGGUACGCCCAACUGUAAGGACGAAUGGUCUACUUACCGCAAGGAAGUUCUUGAAGCAUGUAGAAAAGUGGGUGAAGGUUGCAUGGUAACGCUAUUAAAUUCAAGUGAUUCCUAUUGUGACGACUUCAAUAGUAAGUACAGGGCACACUGCGAUACGUUGAAAUUGUUAGAAUUGUACUGUGAUGAACAUGCCGCAUGGACAACUGCAGAUAAAAAAAAUACGGAAUAUUCAGUUGCAAACGCAGAAUUACAGGCCGCACUCCCCAAGGUCACCACCACAGCAAGUAUUUCUUCCAUCUUUGGCACCUUAGGACUAACUGUUGCCCCUUUCCUCCUAUAUAAAUAUAAACCAUGGUCUUCUUGGUUUGGUAACCAUUUUGGACAUAACGGAGGAAGAAAAAGCAACAAAAGGAAGAGAAGGUCCACUGAGAGCACCUUUGAUGCAUUUACGGAAUACACAACAACAGAAGGUGCAUCAACCAUUGGUUCCACAAUAUGUGAUUUAUCAGGAGAAAAUUCCACAGUACGUUCCUCUGUAAACACAAGACCAUCUACCACCAUGAAUGAAAGAACAGGAAGGGCAGGAACAGGAACAAGUGCAAAUAAUAAUACUACAACAGGUCAUCACCAAAGAAUGAAU